AUGUCUGUUUGUUGUGACGUGUCCUCACCACGUCUGGACCUGGAAGAGGGGAAUUGCAAGUCUAGACGACUGUCUGCUUGUGUUGCUUGCUGCGUGCCGAAAGAUGAGAGGGGAAUUGCAGAUAGAUGUGUCUGUGGUACGGAGUCAGACGUGCGGCUGUUGAUUCGCUCUAUUGCUCAAGCACUGGAUGUGGUAGUGGGCGAUCCAAAAAAUUAUCUCUAA